CCCAGCUCCCCUCCAGCCCCGAGCCGGGAGCAGCUCUCCGUACUGGUGAGGCGCCGAGCACUCGAGCUGUUCCAGCCACAUGAAAAGCAUCGGAAUUGAGAUCACAGCUCAGAGGACGCCGGGCAUCCCUUCCACCCUCCAAGAAACCUUGUGUUCUUGCAUCUGGCUGCUUGGGACUUCCCUUAGGCAGUAAACAAAUAAAUAAAGCAGGAGCAGAUCACGUGAACAUGUCGAAACAACCCGUUUCCAAUGUCAGAGCCAUCCAGGCAAAUAUCAAUAUUCCAAUGGGAGCCUUUCGGCCAGGAGCUGGGCAGCCCCCCCGAAGAAAAGAAUGUACUCCUGAGACGGAGGAGGGUGCUCCUCCCACCUCGGAUGAGGAGAAGAAGCCAAUUCCAGGAGCAAAGAAACUUCCAGGACCUGCGGUCAACCUAUCGGAGAUCCAGAAUAUUAAAAGUGAACUGAAAUACGUCCCCAAAGCUGAACAGUAGUUGCAAAGAAAAAAAGCUUGAUGUGAAGAAUUGAAGCGAACGAGAAUGGAUUAAAAUGAAUAUAGCUCACGAAAAAUUUUAUAUAUUUGUAUGAAGAUUAUGAAUCUCUUGAAUGCAUGAAACUCUAGAAGAAUUGUUCUCUUUGUACGUUUAUAUCUCUUCCUUCUAGUUGUUUGCAUUUCUUAAUUUAUCUUCAUUUUUGGCACCUUGCACAGGAAUUCAUGUGGUUUUGAGGAGAGAGAUGAUUUUAUGGAGAGGGGUAUGGAAAGGCGAAGUUCUAUACGCUACUUCCCACAAUGUUUUGGUCACUAUUUGGAAGGUAUUUUAGUUCUUCACCUUUUAAAUUGUGUCAGUACACUUUUUAUGAGUUCAAAUAAACAUUUGAGUAAAUGAAAAAUGUGAA